AUGAGAAUAUCCCGAUUUUUGAGCCUACUUGUUGGGUGUUGUUUAUAUUCCGGUGUUGCUGGGCAGUUGUCGAUUGACGAUUUAAUUCAUAAAGCGCUGUCGUUGGUGCGACCAAUUUUUGAUACUUCGCAGCCGAUUCAGAAUGAUGCUAUGAUCAACAAUCCGUUCAACGACGCCCCCGGUUCGGAAGGCCAACGCCAGCACGAUAUUCUUGGGGCUCGUCCCAGAAGUAUUCUCGAUAAUCUACCACUUUGUAGAGGCAAUUCCAAAAUCUGUCAAUUUAUUUCCUGCCAUGCCGAAAACUUCAAGAAAGACCAAAAUUUCGCGAAUCUCAACCUGGCCGCUCAGGUUCUGGGGGAUAAGAAGUUGAGGAAGGCUGUGGGAAGCAACCCCGAAGCCAUUAGUGCUGUCUGCAACGAGCAGGGGAUGAGCGACGAUCAGUGCAAGCUGUUCAGCAACGGAUUCCAGCUGGUUGACAAAUUCAUUUCAACUGUUGAGGACGAUCCGGCUCCAGCUCCUCUACCUGAUCAAGAAAAGCUGGACGAAACGCUGGAGAAGACUACUUUAAAGACGACAACUACCACGGAGCCUAGCGCCAUUAUUCAAAGCAUGGAUGACGAUCUGGUGUUGACGACAGUACACCAUCACCCAACCCCUCCGGCUGGCCCUCCGAAAAUGCCGAUACAAGACGAUGAGCCGAUCGGGCCGCAACGAGUUAGGAUCGAGAUGGGACCAGGGCAGCUGUAUGAUGAUCCGGGGGUCGAUUCAUCUAUCGACAAGUACGGGCGACAACCACGACGGUUGAUGGGGUCGAAGACGUGGUCGACUCAGCCCGAGUUGAGUAACUCGAUUGAGCCCGACCCACUCCACAUCGAUCCAAUCAUCCCGAAUGAACCCCUCCCAUCCGCGAUCUCACCUCCCUUCGGCCCGCCAGGCCAUUUCCUAUUCCCUACCGUACCUCCUGGGCCUCCUUUCGCAUUCCCGACACUACCUACACUACCUCCCCUACCUACUCUACCACCACUUCCGACGCUACCCACCCUCCCACCACCUCUAUUUCCCGUCCUCUCCAUCCAACCAUUGAAAGCCCCCGGAAUGAUCAUCGAGAAGCCGAUGGUGCAGUUUAGUAAGGACUCUUAUGCGGAGAUGUUCCGGAAAAACAAGGAUGUGGAUUAUAAGAGGAAGACGAGAGAGAUUGACGAUGACUUCAGCGACUACGAUGUCCCAGAUGUCGAAUGGUCAAAUCGAAGAGUAAAGCGAGACUACUACGAUAGCUCUGGCCAGGCGCGAAGAAAUCUUGGUCUCGGCACGAAUAGUCGCAGCCUGCCCGCUUCAGUGGGAAAAACGAGCUCGAAAACGUCAGAAGGCGACGAAGACUACUAUACUCAAACCGAAGAAAAAUCGCCUAGCCCCAAUUCUAAAGCCUCGACCCCGACAAGAGAUUGUAUGGCAUUGCUUGGG